AUGUCGGUCAUCUACAAGAGAAGCGAGCGCGAGCGCGAGUGGGACACCACGUCGGCGCGUGGAAGCGGCGCUGGCUAUACCACGGUGAGGCGCUACAAGGUGCCCGACCACAGCCUCGAGGAAGACACGUACGAAUCCGAGAUGCGCCUCGUCCACCGUGGCCGCGACGACUUCGAAGACCGCCGCUCCGUCAAAGAUUAUGUCAUUGAACGUCAUCAAGAGCCUGCUCGAGAAGUGAGACACUACCACUACACCGAACGCGAGCGCGAAGUCUCCCCUCAGCGUUCCGAGUACAGAAUUCAGCGCGAGUAUGAGCGCUCCCCGUCGCCCGCCCGAACCGAGAUUCGCAUCUCCCGCGACUACGAGCGCGACCGGGAAAUCUUCCCACGCGAACAGCAGCCCUAUGAACUGGAGAAGUACUCGAGGUCUACUGAGUAUUUCCGCCCCGAGCCGAUCCCCCAACCACCACCCCAGCCCAUCUACAUCCGCAAUGAAGCCCCCCAGCCCAUGCAGAUGCAGAUGCAACCUAUUAUUAUUCGGGAGGAGGCCCCGCAACCCAUCAUCAUCCGCGAGCGCAUUCAAGAACCAACCUAUGAGCUUGUUGAGCGCACUACUGAAGAAGACAGACAGGUCGCUCGUCCGCGUCACGAGGAAGACUAUUACUACGAGCGCAGGGUCAAGGAAAUCGACCGAGGUGGUCGUUACGACGAGAGAUACGCCGACGAGCGCGAAUAUGAUCAUCGAUGGGGAGAUAAGAACUACUACAGCGACGAUGAUAUUUACAUCCACAAAGAGAAAGACACGUGGGGUGGAAGCGAGACCCGAACUAAGCGUGAUGUUGCUGCGGGCGCUCUUGCCGGAGUUGCUGCAGGACAGAUCAUCAGACAUCAUCGCAAGAGGAAGGGUGAAGCCGCUGGAGGCAACAUCGGGAAUGCCCUUGGCUACGGCACAUUGGGUGCUGUGAGUGCUGUGGCCCUCGAUAGAUUUAACAACCGUGAUAGAUCUCGGUCUGUUUCUUCUGAGCGAGGCAGGGGCAGCCGACGCGGCAAGUCUCGUCACCGCAGCAAGUCUCGAGUAAAGGAGUUGGGCACGCUUGCCGCUCUCGCUGGUGUUGGAGCCCUCGCCUAUGCCGCUGGACAGAGGAACAAGAACAAGACGGCGGUCAAAGAGGAGACAGUCACGGUCAUAGAAGACCGCCACCGAAGCAGGUCGCGUCACGGAGGUCGAUCACGCUCUAGGAAGAGCCGAAGAAGACAUAGGUCCGUCUCAGCUGUUGGAUCUGACAGGGGUAGGUCUCGUAGCACGAGCAAACACCUAGACCCUGAGCACCGUAACAACAGAGCAGCGCAAGUCGGUCUUGCCACUGCUGCUGUAGCCGGUCUCGCUGCACGUAGCCGCAGCAAGUCUCGAAAGCGCAAGGGCAAAAGAUCGCCCAGCCGAAUCCGACAGGGCGUGCCAAUCGCUGCUGCUGGUGUCGCCGGCGCAGCUGUUACUGGACUAUAUGAGAAACGCAAGGCUAAGAAGGAGGCUAGGGCGGCAUCGCGGUCCAAAUCAAGGUCGCGCUCAAGGUCGAGGUCAGUGCUCUCCCGCCUUACCGGACGUAGCCGUAGCAGGCGUGGAAGUACAGUGAGUGAACCUGUUUUAGUAGAGUACGGUGGUGAUCCGGUAUACACCGAUCGCCCGGCCAGAAGUCGAAGCCGGAGCCGGAGCCGGGACCGAAGCCGUUCGCACCGUAGCAGAAGACGACGAAGCUCUUCGUCAUCUGAUGGUCGAAGUCGGAGCCGAAGCAAGAGUCGAGCACGAACGGUCGCAGAGACGGCGGCGGUUGCUGGUGUUGCUGGUUUGGCUGCUCAUGAAGCAGCAAAGCGACGCGACCGUAAGAAGGCCGAGAAGGAAGCUGAACGACGACGCGAGGAUGAUUCAGCCUACUCCACUGGCACCUACAGCCCCUAUGAUAGUCCCACGCCAUCCACUGCCCAUCCUAACGACUCUCGUUUCUUCCCUGAAUCGAACUACUUCCCCCCUCCCCCUACUGCUCCAGUAGACCACAACCCAAACAACCCAUACCCUCCGUACAACCCGGCAGAUUACCCUCCCCCUCCAAGCGCAUAUGAGCCAAAUCAUCCAUCACAGUUUGUCAACCCACCGCACGAAGAUCUACAUCUCGGUAAUCCGUAUGCUCCUCAACACCAACAACAACAUGAACCCUACUAUGGUCAGCCACGACGUGGGGGUGACAAUGUGAGUGCUCCAGUUCCUGAUCAUGGCGGUAACGAGCACUAUAACUUCGCUUCUGCGCGUGGUCCCGUAGACGAGCCGCGUAGCCCAAGCCCGACGCCAACAGAGGAGAAGAGCGUCAAAUUUGACCUGAACCCACAAGAGGAAUCCCCGCGGGAGCCGUCACGGGAGCCUUCGCCUGACUCUGAUAGGGAGCAUAGACACAGGGACGACCACAGCCACAAACGUCACAGACGCCGUAAAGAUGACGACCGAUCAGACAUUACGAGAGAGUCUGGUAGAGCACGCAAGAGACGUCAUAGGUCUGAGAGUCCUGGGUCUGAUGCGUCUGACGCCACCAUUGAACUCCCACCACGGUUUGACGAGCGUGGGCGUCAGCAGCCUGAGGAUCCGCUGGCGAAGCAAUUGGAGAGUGUCUUGCAAAGCAUAUUCCGAUAG